AUGGACAAUAUCAGUGAUGGAAACUAUGUCUUUGCUUUUGACGACAAACAUAUUUAUUCUAUUUUAGGAACCAAAUGGUGUGGUGUAGGUAACAUUGCAGAAAAUUACGAUGAUUUGGGGGAGGAGGAAGAAACGGAUAAAUGUUGUCGAGCACACGACAACUGUCCAGAUAUUAUAAAAGCAUUUAACAGAAAACAUGGAUUAUUCAAUUCUGCUUUUUAUACAAGGGUACACUGUGAUUGUGAUGCAGAAUUUUACGACUGUCUUGAAGCAGCAGGAACUGCAUCUUCCAAGGAAGUAUCCUCUAUAUAUUUUAAAGUUUUACAUACCCAAUGUUUUAAAAAAGAUUACACAGUUUUAAGCUGUACAAAAAUAACUGUAUAUGGCUGUGAAGAAUACGAAUUGGAUGAAACUAAAGAGAAGGAGUAUCAAUGGUUUGAUGUUACUGCCUUCUGA